AAAUUGGCAUGCCCCUUUGUUUGUAACCAAAACCUGAAAAGGAAGGCAUCAGAAAAAGGCCAUAAAACGGUCACCCAAUAAAAAUGACAUAAGACUGGAAUGAGAACAAUGAGGUGUAGACUUCGGUAUCGGUCCGGCUGGACAGCGUUCCUUUUUAUAUUCACUAUCAUUGGAGUGAUCCUCACCUAUAAACAAGUCAACGAUGGCGACAGCAAGUCAGACAGACAGAACAAAGAAGAGAGGCACCGCCUCAAUGUGGUGGAGAUGCGCCAAAAAGUGAAACAAAUCGUGAAUCCAAAUAAGUACUCUGUAAACCAAGACGUCCCGCUUAUGGAUGAGGAUAAGACAGUACGAUUAAGGAGGUUGUUAUCGGAUCUGUAUCCAGACAACUGGGGAACUGCCAAAGACGCGGAUGAAAUGGCAUACGACAUUAAAAUCCAGUUGUCAGAUUUGGGCUAUGAGAGUGGGCUCUCUUGCAAAGACAUUGAUUAUAUUCGAAUCUCACAAGCAAUAAAAGUAGGCAGCAAGAAGUACGUAGAUCGUGCCAUACUACGUCCACAGAAUACGGAGGUCGUGAUUAAGAGUCAGGGGAAUGAUCAGGAAACCAAAAUCAAAUGCAUGAAGAGAGUUUACGAUGCGGAUAAGUGUCACAACAUGGGGAACUAUCACCUGAUGCGGGAGAUUCUCCUUCUGUCCAUCCUGAAACACCCAGGCAUCGUCAAUCUGAUCGGGUUCUGUAUCCGGGGGGACAGCAUUAACUACGAUAUAAAGAAGAAGGGUCUGUUAUUGGUGCUAGAGGCGGGGACCCCGGUCACCCCAGGGAUCCUGUCAUACACACAGUGGGACACUCGCAUGAGGUUUGCCAUUCAGCUGGCGGAGAUGUUGAAGUACUUAGAGGAAAGUCCGUUAGGUAGCGUAGAGCUCCUAGGAAUAAGAAUGGACGAUUUUGUCACGACCAGAGAGAACAAACUAAAACUGGUGGACCUCGAUGAUGUUAACUUGGAUGAGAAGACAUGUCAGUCGGAUGCUGAUUGUAAAAUCCCCACUGCGUCAUUAGCACACAUUUCCUGUGAAAGUGGUCGCUGUAAAGAUUGGAAUGCUAAAAAUAAUAUGCAGAGGGUGGGAGCCUCACUGUUCAAUGAGCUGUUGAGUAAUCCUCCCUCUGCUAUAUCUCGGGGUAUUAAUGAACUGAAACAAAGCAUUAUGCUGCUCAACAUCACAGCCAAUCAAAUCAUUCCAAAACUGAAAGGGAUGCAGACAGAAACAGCUCAAGUCGGAGUUGGUUACGAUGCUAACGAAGGUCAGGGUCAUGUUAAGGUUGAGAUGGUACAGGAGAGAGUAGAGAGACACCACGCAGAUCAGCACCGCCAGGAGAAUCAGCACGGCCAGGAGGAUCAGCACCGCCAGGAGGAGAUCAUGGCCAACCGCAUCCUACCACAGAAAAAGAGUGGGGACUACCAGAGGAUUGAACAGUCCAACUUCCCCGGCCAGUAUGACUAUACAUGCCAGUCGUCGCGUGUCCUGUGGGGAUGUGUCAUCACCGUCCACAGCCUGGGCGAGGCCAAGAACUUCUGUAAUACCGACCCUCAGUGUCGCUCCUUCGUCCUGUUUGCUUCCAAUCCUGAUGGAGAUGCUCUGAUGACGAUGGUGGCAAAAAAUUCUGGCACUGGGAAACCUCAGCCUAACGUUGGAGCCACACUGUUCAUCCGGUCUGCAGCCUCAGUACAGGGGGUUCCAGUAAAUGCAGUUAACGCCCAGACCACAGCAUCUGCGGAGAUGAUGGUGUCAGAGUGCCGAGCUAGAACGUGGAAUGCAAACACAGAGGCCAGAAUCUCAAGAGAAAGGCGAUUAAUGACUCAUCUAGGACUCAAAGGUGUGUCAGAGGACAAUUGGAAACUGAAAGUAAAGAUGUCGCGCAUCACUAGACACACAGGAGUUGACAAGUUCCAGUUGACCUCUACGGUGGGGGCUCGUUUUGAGGUCGAGCUAGCAAACCUGGAGAAACCGAUGAAGAGGGCUGUAUUUCUGUAUGAGAAAGGACCAUCGCAGUACCACAUUGCACACUUACUUCAGUAUCAACUGGAUAGAAUCCUGGGUCUGUACCAGACUCCCCCCACCGUAGUCUGGCCCCUGACCGUGGCUGAUAUGGCUGAUGUGAGUGGAGAUAAAAUCUGGGCAGAGACCCUGGGUCCCUUACUGGGGAACAAAGACGAAAUCAAAGGUCUUCUAACUACCUCCAUGCCCCGAGUGAUCCAGGAGGGCGAGCUACAGAUCAGGCGGCGCAGUAGCAUGACCAAGGAAGUCGUCCAGUUCUCCCGCACCCAGAAAAUGCAGCUAGAAUACACAUUUCUUUGGUUCCUUGCUAAAGUUGCUUUAGAAAAGGAUACCCAUUAUGGGUACAAAGGACACUUUAUCCACUUCAUGGCCGAUGGAGCGUUCCAGGACCUAAAUAUUAACCUGCUCGGCUACUUCAACAACUGCCAGUUCCCGAACGUGGUCUACAAAGCUCUCACCUGCUUCAAGUGUUCAUCUAAAGGCUCCCAGAUCUGUUCCCUGGGUCAUGAGGCGAUGCAGAGAAUUCUGAGUCAUGGUUUUACUAAUCGAGACAUCAAGAUUCAGGACUUGACCCCUAAUGAACUGUCGACAAUCAUUAACGACGCCGCGACCUCCGUCAUGAGCAUUGUUGAUACCUGUAUCAAGAACUUUGGUCGCGACAAAGUGUUGUACUAGUAGUGGAUAGUUACUUUUUAGUGGGAUGCAUUCAUUUGUGACAAAGUUUUCAAUGUUGAGUGAUUUAAUAUGAUAUUGUUAUAAGCAGAUUAUUUUAUUCAAGACUGUGGCAAAGAAACAUUAAUUUUUUGACUCUGAUUAAGAAUUUCUUGGAUUGGAUCUAUGAGCUUUGUUUCAUUCAAGCUGUGAUUCAAAUACAUCACAUGUUGAGAGUAUUAAAAAAUAGCUCCACCCCCACACCCCACCCCCCAGCUCCAACCAACUUACUGUGGAAUCAUUAGAAUUCGUGGUGGCUCAAUUUUCGUGGUAUUCGUGGGUAGCCCUCGCCCAUGAAUUUACAUCCUCAAAUUAAGUAUAAAAGAUUUAGUUUACCUACUGAAACUGAAACUGAUGCAUCCACGAAAUUACAUCCCCACAAAUAAGCAAAAAAAACCAUAAUUCACAAAAAUUGGCCAUGUAGCAUGUAGUAAUGGCAUUUUCCCAUUGUUUACCUGUAGUAUUGAAGUUCUUAGGCAAAUUCCUGGUAUUUAUUUUCAUAUUUAAGCACUAGAAAGACACAAUCAAUUUUACAUAGAUCUUUAUUAAGUGUGGUGUACAUAUGUUACCUGGUAGACUAAGUGAAGGCUUCAGCAAGGAACAGUUGUCUACAGAAUAAGUCCCUUGUUGUUUAUAUUGAUAAUUUUAGUCCCUUUCUUUACCUCUUUGUCUGAUAUUUUAUCAUUGACCCAUAAAAGCCCUGCACACUGUGGGAUGAUCCCUAGGUACUGUCACUUGUGGUUUGUAAAGUAAAUUUUGUAGAGCACAAUGGAAGUCCAGUAAGUUAACCAAUGUACAAUGACCUCAGAAUCUGCCUUAAGUGAUUGUCACACAUAUCUUUUUUUAAGGGGGUGGGUAGGACCAGUGAGUAGAAUAACACUGGUCAGAAUUGGCAAUAUAAGACAAGGUGUAGACUAGGUCUAUAUGUGGGUAUUUGUUAGGUGUUCAGUAUUCAUAUUGUACAUUUUAAGAAUUUCUUCUAUCAUUAGUUUUAGAAAAUCCAGAUGUUUGUCUAGCUAUUUUAUGGAUAUUUUUAAUGCAUAAACUAAUUCAUACUUUUACAACGGAUUAUGAAUUAAAGACGUAUGGUUAUGACAUUUAAUAUGCUUUUUAUAUUUCAAUGUCUUCAUGCAUGUAAGUUACAUGUACCACUAUAUGAACUGAAAAACUUUCUUUUCUAUGUUAUAAUGUUGUAACUGAAUCUUGUAUUCUCUGUUGAAUGAUGCAUUCUGUGAAAAUUUCUUAAUUAUUAUAUCAUUGAUUACAUCUGACCCAUACUAUUACAUCACUAAGGUUGUAACUUAUCUGUGAUAUAGAUCUCAUUGUUUUAUGUUAGAAGUUAUUUUCACAACUUCCUUUUGAACCUGAAAUCCAUAUAUACUACUGUCUUCUAAUUUAUACAUAUUUUUGAUUUUAUUAGAAAAGAAUUCUUAGAUUAUAGAUUAUUAUGCAAUGAAACGUGUAAAGAUAUCUCUGAUUGAAAUUCGCUUAUAAUUUUUAUACAUGUAUGCACAAAAGAAUCCUUUCUAUUAGGUUUGCAGAUUUCACUACAAAUGUCAGGACAAAAUGGAUACAAUCUUGGAUUGUUUAUGUCUGUAUAACUAUAGUUAUGUUUGUAUAACUUUGGUUAUGUCUGUGUAACUAUAGUUAUGUUUGUAUAACUUUGGUUAUGUCUGUGUAACUAUAGUUAUGUUUGUAUAACUUUGGUUAUGUCUGUGUAACUAUAGUUAUGUUUGUAUAACUUUGGUUAUGUCUGUGUAACUAUAGUUAUGUUUGUGUAGCUUUGGUUAUGUCUGUAUAACUAUAGUUAUGUUUGUAUAACUUUGGUCAUGUCUUUAUAACUUUGGUCAUGUCUUUAUAACUUUGGUUAUGUCUACAUUACUUUUCUACAUUAUUUUGGAUUUGUCUCCAUUACUUCUGUUAUGACUACAUUUUGUUUGUUUACAUCUACCUGUACGUUACUAUGGGUGUGCUUACUUUACAUUGAGUAAUGGCCACCCUUCCUCUGUGUUGUGUGUCUACAUGUCAUCAAGUGUGUGGGGGAACUCUGUUUUUGUCUGCGGGAGUUCUCUAUGGUUUUUAUCUGAUUCUCCAUUCCUCCUGUCAGACCAGUCUAUAAGAUUCCACUUCACGUACAUGUGUUCACUUGUUCAUGUUCAGAGGAAUGUCAGUGUUUGUGUUAUAACAGGUUCAUGAUCAAAUUAACUGUUGUAACUACUUCAAUCAUCAUCAAUUUAGAUAUUGUUCUAUUAUCCGUGGUUUAUGAUCAAAUUACAGACUGUCUAUUUUGCUUUGUUCUUGUUAUUGAUCAAAUUUGAAAGCAUAAUAAGCUGAUCAUCCCAAUACCGCUGUAAUAGAUAUGGAUAUGCCGAUAUGUUCAGACUCGCGGUCUUCUUUAGAGUCACCAUGUAUGCUUCUUCAUUGGGUAACACCAGGUCUUCAUUAUUAACAGAGAAACAUUUGUUCACUGUUGCUGGUUGUGAUGAAUAAUACCCCCUCUCUCCCUCUCUCUCUCUCUCCCAUAUCAACAAAUAUCUCUCUCUCUUCUCUCUCUCCUCUCUCUCUCUCUCUCUCUCUCUCUCUCUCUCUCUCUCUCUCUCUCUCUCUCUCUCUCUCUGAAGUACCUGUCUUCUUUAAAGUAACACUCUAGAAUUUUGCAUGCUAAAUCCAACCAGAAUUAAAGGAUCAAUGGCACAUGUUAGGCCAGAUAUACUUGUAUACACUUGUACAUGGUCAAUUCUGAUAUACCGGUAUACCUGAUACUAAUAUACAUGUAUGGUUCAUUUUCAGUAUUGUAACAAUUUACCACAUAUCAAUGUAUAUUCAAUUUGUAAUUUGUAUUUCAAUAAUUUAUGUAGAAAGUAUUUUAUGUAAAUAUAUACAGUCAUGAAGACCAGUAUUUAGUUGACAUUUUACUACACUAUCCUGAUAGAAAACUAUAUUUUAAAAGUCUUGUAUUAUUUAGUUACACACCUUUAACACACUUAGUUAGAUGCAUUAAUACAAAUGUAUGUUGGAAAACUGUUUAUAAAAGUUUUGAUUUCACCCAGUUACUUCCCAAAGACAAAUUUUAUGGCUUGAAGAGGCCCAGUUUAGAUCUUUUCCAUAGAUUUGUUAACAAACUACACAAUUAAGUUAAAUUACUUUUAAUUUUUAAAAAAUAGUCAGUAGAGAAAUUUCACGUUGGGGCUCCAUAAAUUAACUGUGGAUCUUUGAAUUAACCAUUGAAUGAUUUUUUUGUACUGAUGAAUUUCAAAUGUUCAUCUUUUGUUUUCAAAAUUUCUGUGUCAAUGAAAAUUAAGAACAGUCAGUUUCCUCGGGCCAUCCUUAAAAAAAUGUUUUUUGGAAUUGCCACCUGGAGGUUUCUACACCAAGGAGGGAGGGAAUUUUUUUUUUGUUUUGUUAAAAUUUUUAAAAAUAAACUUAUCAGCGAGGGGUAUUUCAGUAAGGCAGGAGGCCAUUCCAAACAAAAAAUUUUUUUUUUGGCAUCUGGUGUAGUUAAUCUAUGGGUGGACCUUUCAUGUCAACUCUCUGCUUUUUGACUCCAACUUCCUUUCUGUUGUCCUACCGGCUACUGAAACCAACACCACCUUCAUCAUUUAUAAUGGCAGUUUGUGAAAGCAACUAAUUGUCGUUUCAAUGAUGAUGAAAAAAUCAAAUUCAAGUUUGUUUGGGGAGUUUGACACUCAUAUUUGGUUUGGCACAUGUUUGUCAGUUUUUUGUUCUAGCUACUGCACCAAUAAUUUAGAAACACUCUUCUGUUGGAGACAGUACUUUUUGAUUUUCAAUCAUGAAUGAAAAAAAUAUUAUGAAUCAAAUCUGACCAUUUUUUGUCACUGAUGCUAUGGGAAGUGUUCUAUGUAUUUAUUGAUAGUUUAUUCCUUUGUAUCAAAACUUAUGCACACCAAUAAUCCAUUCAAUUUUCUAUUGUUUUCUAUUUAUAAGCUUUUGUUUUUAUAAUAAAAGUUAUUAUAGAAUUUAA